AUGUCGGACUUACAGCUGGAAAGCGACCAGAUUAAUGCUUUGCGUGAGAAUGAACUGAGAGAAUGGAAGACACAAGAGAAUGCGGCUGACCUAAUGGUACCGCUCAUCGGCCGUCUAUAUCGCGAAAACAAUGUGGUGAGCGUCCUGUUUGGCAAAGGUCUUGUGCACAAAAACAGUAUCGACAUUAUCAAGCUGCACAAAUAUGUUUGCAAGUACGUGGGCAAAAGCAUGCAACCAACCGAGACGCUCGUUGUCCUGCUCGCUCUCGUGCAGUACGCGCCCAAUGCGCGCGAUAUGCGAAUUGAUCUUGGUCGUACAUUUGUCUUUAUGGAGAAGCAAGUAUUGAAUGUCCAGGCUCAGGUUACAUCAGAAGGUCGCGAACCCGAAUUGCGCGCGCUUGGCGAACAAUUGAACGCCAAGAUGGCCCCAUUAACCCAGACCCCUACUCUUACGGCAAGAGAUGUGAUUCUUUAUGGUUUUGGUCGCAUUGGUCGUCUUCUGGCCCGUCUGCUUAUAGAAAAGAGCGGUCCAGGCGUUAAACUUAUGCUACGAGCUAUUGUCGUACGCAAGGGUACUAAGGAGGACCUUUUCAAGCGAGCAAGUCUGCUGCGUCGCGACUCAGUGCAUGGACCGUUUCAUGGAAGUAUUACCGUUAAAGAGGAGGUGAACGCUAUUAUCGCUAAUGGAAACCUUAUCCAGAUCAUAUAUUCGGAUGGACCAGACAAGUGCGACUAUACAAAGUAUGGCAUUGAUAAUGCCAUUGUCAUCGACAACACUGGUCGCUGGCGUGAUGUUGAUAUGUUGGGACUUCACCUAAAGUCUCCCGGUGUCUCCAAAGUCCUUUUGACGGCACCUGCGAAGGGUACAGUGCCGACAAUCGUGGCCGGUGUUAAUGACGAUUCCAUCUCGGCGUCAGAAGAUAUCUACUCUGCCGCUUCUUGCACGACCAAUGCUAUUGCACCUUCGCUGUAUGCGCUAGACAACAAGUACGGCAUCAUGGGUGGACACAUUGAGACAGUGCACUCGUUUACAAACGACCAAAACUUGAUCGACAACUAUCACAUAAAGGAGCGUCGUGGUCGCAGUGCGGUGCUCAACAUGGUGAUUACCGAAACGGGUGCUGCUGCUGCUGUGGCUAAGUGCCUUCCAAACCUCAAGGAUAAAUUGACCGCAAACGCUAUCCGAGUGCCCACGCCUAAUGUGUCGUUAGCGAUUCUCAACUUAACGCUCGACCCAUCCAAAGCAGAGGGUAUCACCAAAGACUCGAUCAAUUCGUAUAUGUCAAAGGUAUCGCUGGAUUCGCCGCUUCAAAACCAGAUUGACUUUGUCAACUCUGCCGAAGUUGCAUCAACUGACUUUAUUGGCUGCCGCGCCGCUGGUACAAUAGAUGGUAAGGCCACCAUCGUCGAUGGCAACAGGGUGAUCCUGUACGUGUGGUACGACAACGAAUUCGGCUACAGCUGCCAAGUGAUCAGGGUUGUUCAGCGAUUGAUGGGGAUACAUCACACACAUUUCCCUAAAAAAGAGCAGAUCGAAGAGAUCGACCGUUCUCUUGGUCUCCUUUAA